AAAAAACUUUGUGUUAUGUCACAGUUUCAACCCGACGAAUAGAUUUUUAUUAUGAUUAUUUGAGGUAUCACAGGACGAUACCUCAAAAACCAGUAUGUCUGGUCUAAUAAAAACCUCGGUAAUCAAGUUCAUCAGCCCAAGUCAUGGGGGUAAAAUAGCUGCUUGCGCCUUCGUACAGCACCGCAACAUCUCUGGCAAGACGCUCCGUGACUCCCUGCCCCCAAGGCCUCCGAAAAAGGCCCCUUUCGACUAUGAGAACAAGGAUUACACUUGGUUCCGCAGUCUCUUCGACAGGACCACGCACCGCUUCGAUGAGAACUCUAAAGUGGUAGUUGUGGAGGGUCCCGUGGCGGUCGGAAAAACUAAAUUCGCCGCGAGCCUCGCCGAGGACCUGGGAAUGAAGCAUUUCCCCGAGGCUAACAUGGACCAUCACUACAUUAGACCAAACGGGUGUGAUUUAAGACAGUUCGACCCCUUGGUUCCCGAGGACACUAGGACCUUUGAUCAUAAGAAUUUCAAUGAGUGCCCGAAUCACCGUUUGGCUGGAAACUUCCAGAUUAUGACAUACAUUGCUCGCUAUAGCCAAUACAUUGACGCUUUGGCUCAUCUUCUCAACACGGGUCAAGGUGUGGUGUUGGAGAGGUCUCCGUACUCUGACUUUGUGUUCCUGGAGGCCAUGUAUGCCUCUAAGUAUAUCAGCAAGGGUGUCCGCUCAGUGUACUACGAACUGAAGAAUAACUCUAUUGAGGAACUGAUGAGGCCCCAUCUGGUAGUCUACUUGGAUCUUGGAGUGGACCAGGUCCAAGCGGCGAUCAAAAAGCGAGGUCUCGACUACGAAAAGAGCGGCAAGGCGCUCACGCCCGCCUUCCUCACCGAGAUGGAGCGCCAGUACAAGAACAAGUACUUGCGCGACAUAUCCACCCACGCUGAGCUUCUGGUGUAUGACUGGAGCGGCGGCGGCGAGGUCGAAGUGGUCGUCGAAGAUAUCGAGCGUCUCAACUUCGAACAAUACACAGAGCGCGAGGAUCCCAAGAUGAAGGACUGGCGUUUACCCCGCGAGGUGGAGUGGGCGGACCAGCGGAUGCUGUACACCAACCAGAAGCACUACCUCAUGAACCUGUUCAGCAUCCCGCGGCUGGAUGUGCCAGAGCUGGUCACCAACCCUGAUGAUGCUUAUGAGAGGGAAAAGAUCAUCUAUAACCACCCGAAAUUCGAGUUCGAGGUGGGCUACAACAAGGGCGACGGCAGCACCCUCAUGAAGAACAAGAUGCCCAAAUACACGGAUUAUAUCUAGAUGAUAUGUUUUGUAGGCAAUAAACUUAUUUAAAUUAGAAA